CGCCGAGCCGGAGCCGCUGCUUGCCUCGCGUGACCGCGGCAGGUUGGUCCCGGAGCCCAGCAGCGCAGAAUAUUUAGGCGCGGGCGCGAGAAGGGGGGGCGCGCGGGCCGGAGGAGUUCCUCGGCCAAGACAAUUAUGCAUGCUUUAGGGCACCUCUGACAGAAUGGCUGUGGAAGGAUCAAGAUCGAAGGUGGGCAAUUAAAAGCAAAGACUGAGGAGCCCAGUGCUGGCAGAACCAAUGUGCCUGUGCCUUCUGAUGUCCUCCCUUGUUUGCAGCCCUGUGGUCAUGGAAUAUCUAUAGCUGCUCUACAUGUCACGUCUGUGUUCUGGGCAGAGAAGAGAGCAAGCUCUGCACUGCGGUUUGAGUCCUGGGGGCAUUGAUCGCCCUGCCCACGCUGAAGGUAUUAAACUGCAAAUCGAAGGUGAAGGUGUGGAAUCUCAAUUCAUUAAACACAAAAAUUUCCAGAAGGUGCCUGAUCAGAAAGGAACCCCCAAGGGACUGCAGGGCGAAGCAGAGACGGCUAAGUCAGCCACAGUGAAGCUGUCAAAACCAGUGGCUCUGUGGACGCAGCAGGAUGUCUGCAAGUGGCUGAAGAAACAUUGUCCAAAUCAGUAUCAGAUCUACAGCGAGUCGUUCAGACAGCACGACAUAACUGGGCGAGCCCUGCUGAGACUCACGGACAAAAAGCUGGAGCGCAUGGGGAUCGCCCAGGAGAACCUCCGGCAGCACAUCUUGCAACAGGUGCUCCAGCUGAAGGUGCGCGAGGAAGUCAGAAACCUGCAGCUGCUCACACAAGCUCACGCGAUAGAUGCAUAGAGACUUCCAUUGGCGAGUUCAUAGGUGCUGGUACUCUGAAUGAUUUAAAUGUGAAUGUGCUGUCCUGAUACACUUGGAGGUUUCUUUUAACAAGAAAAUAGAGAUAAGAAGAUAUGUGACAGCCAGUUCAUCACAGUGCUAUUUAUAAAAUCGAAAAAAAUGGAAAUAACCGAGAGGUUCAGCAAUAUAGAAAGACUCAAAUAAUUUUGCUUAAAUUCCUAAGAUACAACAUAUUGCAGGCAUUCAAAUUACAUCCAUGAAGAAUGUACAACAUGAGAAAGUUUUCAGGAAAUGAGGGAAAAGCCAUGUAUGAAUUUUUGUUUAUACCAUAAUCCUUGUGUUUAUAUAUUAUUUUCUUAUAUGUGCAUCAAAAAAGGACUGCAAUUGAAUAUGCUGCUAUUUUGAUAAUGUUUUUUUAUGGGCUAUAGAUCUGUGUGUGGUCUUGUUUUCACUAUAUCUUUGUUUUCCCAAUCCCCCACUGUAAACCCACAUUAUGGUUAUAAGCAGACAAUGCACACAUCUUUAUAAAGUUCCAGCACAGCCGCGUUCUGCUCAGGUUCUGUUCAGUGUCUGAGCCCCUCAGGGCCCGUGCUCUCCUCCAGGAAUGACAAACAGAAGGAGCCCUGGCUCAUGGAGCACGCCUUACACACCUUUCCUCCACGGCCGUCCACCUGUGUAGUGUUAGCUUUACAGAUUCAUUCUGUACAGCCUUCAGUGGCCUUGAUGCACAAGCUAUGAGAUUUUUUCCUGAGAUAGGUAUAUAGUACUCAGGCCUAUUAAGCUAAAUGUGUGUUUGUGUUCUGAGAAGGCAAUGCUGAGUUCAGUCUUCCCAAUUCAUUCAUCAUUUUCUUCAGCUUUAGGGAGCUGUGCAUUUUGCAUUCUUUCAUCCCACUCCAUGUGGAAGGGAUCAUUGUUCUUAGCUCUUGGCCAGUUCAUCUCCAGCCACAUUAUCUUUCUUACUGCCCAUCUUUUACAUGUUAUGUUCAAACUCAUUUUAUGUUAGACAUCCUUUAGAAAACUCAUAGCCCUACUGAAGUGAUAGUUUUGAAAAGUAAAAGGAAUACAAAAUUGACAGGUUGUUUUUAUAAGUUCUAAAGACAGCUAGGGAAGCCUUAAAAUAUUUAUUUGGGGUCUAGGUUUACUGUAAUAAGAAUUGGAGUUCCACUCAACUCAAGGGAGCUGAAUGUAUGUCAUAUAUAUUUGUAUAUAUGUACGUAUAUGUGUAUAUAUAUGAAAUGUAGCUUGUGCGCGCUUACCUGAAUGUCACAGCCUGGACGGGCGGGGUGGGUGGAGAAGGGGUGGCCUUCGAGCUACAGCAACACAAUAUGGCAGCCACCAUGGGCUUGGGAUUAAAAGUCCCUCGCAAUUUCUGAUGGUUGGAAGACCCAGAAGAAGGCCAGAAAGCAGUAGAGGAUGGCACAGUUAGCUGAGAUCUAGAAGAUGAUGAAGACAUGACACUUGUAAGAUGGACAGGGAUGGCAAUUGGGCCUCCAAGAAUAAUUGGGGAACACCGAAUAUCCAGCCUCAAAAUAGACUGUUGACCUAAAUACCCAGAAGCACCCCCUCUUUGUAAGAUUUGUAACAAAAAUUAAUAAGAAUGGAGUUAAUAGUUGUAAUGGAGCGGUGGACCCAAGAGCCGUAUCAGUGCUCACAAAAUGGCAGAAUUCACACAGCAUCAAAGUUGUCCUGAAAGAGCUUCGACACUUAGUGAUGUCUAAAGAAAAUAUGUAUGAAACUUCCUCAGCCGCCUGAAGGGCAGUGUUACAAUAAUUGAUCAAAAACCCACAGGCCCUGCCCCUCCGCCCGGCCCUCAAUUCUACUUCAUCAGUCUUCAUUUUCCAUGGUAGUAAAUUUUCUAGUUACAUCUUGCAGACCUCAAAGUACUGGAAAGGAAGCUCCCAUUCAAAGGCAGCUUAUCUUAAGAUACUGUAAAUGAUGCUAAUUUUUUGUCCAUGUGAAAUAUAUAAGUUGUGCUGUAACAAAUCAUAAUGUCAAGUGUAACCACUGUCCACGUAGUUGAACUUCUGGGAUCAAGAAAGUAUAUUUAAACUGAUUCCCACCAUGACUGGUGGGGCACAUCCAGCUCGACUGUGAAAAGACACAUCACACAGUCACCUUGCUGCUGAUUACAUGGCCUGGGGCUCCGCCUUCUCCUCUCCCUGCCGCCUCCGCCCCUGGAGCCCUGGCCAGGGCUGGCUGAUUGAGGAGAUGUGAAGGUUUCAGGUCACUGACUGUGGGACUACUGCUGGGUGUGGGGGUGCUUUGCCUGCACCCUGCUUUCUUUUUAAGUCUUAAAUGAUGCCCUCUUCCAAGCCACCAACCUGGCCUACUCUCCUCUGCUCCCUCCCUUGGCCAAAGCACAGAUUGUAACCUUCCGUUCCCCUCUGAAAUUGGCCUUCGGUGAGGAAUUCAGAGCUUUCCCCCAUCUCUCCCCCACCUUGAUUGAGGGGUGCUGCUUUUCCCUCCUCCUCUCUUUGUCAAUGUCACCACCCAACACUUUCCACCACCCUUCCUUCCCUUGGCCAGAACCCAACAGGUAAGGUUGGAAAGAGUCUCUGACCGUCCUUACGUAGUUUUGGAACCACAUUCUUUGGUUGUCCACCAGCUGGGAAAUGAGUAUCUCAGGUCCUGGCCUUUGCCACCUGCUGUCACCAUCAGCCGAAAGCAGAACCUGCCAGCACCCCAUCCCUGCCAGUGCCCAUGGAGCAAGGCCACACGAAGAUACUGUAAGCACAUGCAGUCCCUCUGGAUGGUUCCCUUUCCUCGUACCCACUUCGCUUCGAGGUGCUGAAGAAGGUCUACCCGGGCUGUUGUGAGGUCCCCUUUGCCUCCAUUUGGGUCUAGUUCAGAAUCUGACAACUGAAACAAGGAACCUGGCCUGGUGCCGACUUUGGCUUCGGUGCUGCUGCUUCUCAAGAUGCUCAGUGGGGACUAAGGAGCGGCUCAGUGUGCAGCAGACCCGGGCCUGGCCAAUCUGGCUCCUGGCACCUGCUGUGCUUCCCACUUUCUGUUCAGGACCACUAAAUGCUGUGAUAUGGAUGAAUACCAAAAUAAAGCCAAUUCAUGGUGUCCAGGGAAAAAAAGAAAGAAAUUUACCAUGGGGGUCAUCUGUUACUCAGUGUUGAUUAUUUGAUUCUUUGUUUCUAUAGAUAUUAAUAAGUAGGUGUAAUAUGCUGAAUAAGUACAGUACUUUUAGCGUACUGCUCAGUUUCUGGAAAACCCUGGGUCUGCCUCCUGAAAAGUCAACUCACCCUUGCAGUUCACAGAAAUGGAAUACACUUCCUUAGCUUAUAUGCGGCUGUCACUCUGGGGUAAUGUAAUUGUUCUGUUGAUGUUGAUUAUCUAGUCCAGUGAUGGCGAACCUUUUAGCGCUUUCAGGAAUACAAACGGCUGCUGUGGCUUGAAUGCCGUAGUUUCCCCACCUCUGAUCUAGUCCAUUCCUGCUGCUGUAGUCAAACACACAAAUUAGGUAGAUUAUGAACCAGAGGAAUUGCUUCCUCUCACUUCAGGAGUCAGUCAAGUCUGAGAUGAAGGCACUGCAGACUCAGUGUGCAGUGAAAGCCCACUUUGUCACAGGGUUCUUCUCAUGGCCCUUUUCUCCCUGUGUCCUCACCUAGUCCAAGCAGGGAGGGAGCUCUCAGGCCCUGAGGUAAUAAGACCACUGGUGCCCUAACAAAGGUGCCACCUCCUCCCGACCUCACCUUGGGGAUUAGGGUUUCAACCUGUGGGUUGGUUGUGGGGCACAUCACAUUCAGUCCACUGCAUUGGAAUUCAACAGUUUUUUAACACACUUAAAAGAGAGUUAUCACAUUCAAAGUAAUCUAUUUGGGGGGAAAUAGAUGUAUUUUUAAAAUGAUUGAAUGUGUUGUGAGUCUCCUUCCUGCCUUCAGAAGUAGUCUCUAAAUAUAGGUUGUUGGGAAGAUUUAAUGGCAGUCUAGUGGGGACAGCUAAUGAUGGCACAUCUAGGGUUGGCAGUUCUCUGAAGCACACACCAGAAUGAGAAUUCUAGUAUGGGAGGGUCUCAGGCUUAGCCUGAGAAAUGGAGAAAGCGAAGUGCAGAACAAUAUGUAUAGUAUGCUACAUUUUCCAAGGACAGAGAAAUGGUGAUGUGUAUGUGUGUGUGCUUUGUUUAUAUGAGGAAAUGCAGAAGGUUGCACAGAAGCUAAUCCAAGCUGUACCUGUAGGGCAGGGAAGAAAGUGGAUGGAGAGAGGAUGGAUACCCGGCGUGCCACUUUUUAUUGUGAAAUAGGAGUGUAUUAAGUAUUUAAAAUAAUAAAAUUUUAAAAAAUAAACAAGGAGAAGGAUUGGAUUUUAACAUCAAAUUGGCCGGAAUUUUGAAUUCUGGCCCUAACAUUUACUGCUGUAUUACUUCAGGGAGAUUACUGAGUCUGUGUCCUAAUUUUCUAAUCUCUGAAAUGGAGAUCAACAGCCCUGUCCAACCAAUAGAGAUGAUUAAGAAUUAAAAGAGCUAAAAUAUAUACAUCAAUCAGUGCAGAGUGACAGUGAGUACAAAAUAUACUUAGCUCUCAGGAGUCACAUAAUUAAAUCAAACUCAUUAAGUUAUAACAAGCCUUAUUUUUAGUAUCUUUAUUGAGAUAUAUUCGUAAAACAUACAACUUACCCAUUUAAAGUAUACAAUUCAAUGAAUUUUACUAUAUUCACAGUUUUGUAACCAUUACAAUAAUUAAUUUUAAAACAGUGAAGGAACCUCAUACCAUUAACACUGUCCAUUUCUUCCCAAGACCUGCAACCAACUGCUCCUUGAGAGAACUAACCCAUUCUAUCAUUUCCUGUAAAUGUAAUCAUACGGUAUGUGAUCUUCUACAAUUGGCUUUUACCUGGGAUAAUGUUUUUAAGGUUUACCCAUGAAGUAUAUGUCAAUACCUAAUGUCUGUUUAUUGCUGAAUAUCCAUUGUAUGAGUACACUAUAUUUUACUUAACCAUCAACCGAUAAACUUCAGAUUGUCUCUAGAA